UGGCACCUCUGUAAAACGAAGUCGUCGAGUCGCGCGUUCGCAUACACUCGCAGACAACUACACGAGCAGACCCUCCACACUAGCACACAUACACCCGUCGGUGUUAGACAGUAGAAAGUAUUGCGGAGGGCAGAGCAGAUGGGGAGGCAAGAGCGUCGCUUGGGACAUCUUUUCCUCCUCUCCCUCCCUUCAACCCUCGCUCUGCGGGGACUGCUGUUGUCAUCCCGAUGAGGGAUAUAAGUGACUCGAUCAUCGCAGCAGUUUCCGCAUCCACCAUCCCAGCAGCCACAUGGCCGCCACUCUUCACACGCGACCCUCACCCGGAGCCCGCUGUUGGCAGCGACGCCGCCGCCGAAACAAAAAGGCUCCUCGCCGAAGCCUACGAUGAGCAUCACGGAGGAAGAAGCAGCGGAGAUGCCUUUUACCCGCGGUGGACAUUUGGGGCUGAGUACCACGCACAACGGUGGCGGCGGCGCAAUCCCUUUCGAGGGUCUCACCACCAUGGUGCCCGCCGACAGCGCACGUGGGCACGUAGAGCGCCACUCCCACCCCCUCCUCCUAUCUGGCAGCUCAGCGCUGCCGCAGAAAGCGCCGUCGCCGGAGCACACGCUCUCCCUAUUGGUUGGCUGGAAGCCAAAGCAGAACGCGCGGGCUCAAGUGAGGACGAGUGAAUAGACCCUGUCGCGGGAUUGUCACCACACCAUACUGGACACGCUGAACCCACCUGCGUACUUCGGAGUUCGUGCACACACGCACCCACCCCCCCCCAUGGCUACCCCCUCUCCCGCCUCCGGGAAGAGCCACGGCUGUGGACGGCCUGCAAUGUGGCGUGGUGGGUAUGUGUGGCUAUCUCCGCUGCCACUCCCUUGGCGACUUCCUUUUCUCUCGAAUUCUUCUCUCUUUGGCGUUCUGUGAGAAUGUGUGCUUUCCAUGCGCAUACGCACGCAUCCACGCAUU